GUAGCAACAGAAAUGGUAUGUGAAUACAGUUUUACUGAACAAGAUCAAACAACAGAUAGUAGCACCCUAUCAGCUUCGCUGUCAGGAUUUUAAACACAUUCAUAGAAGCAAAAGGUGACAAUGAGGAAGAUAACCUCAAAGAAAAUGAUAGUGAUGGUGAACCUCCACGGAAAAGAAUGAAAACAAAACCUAUUCGAUACUUCGGCGAUAUACGUUAUACUGAUUUGGAAAACCCACUUAAAAGGCCAAUUUGCUGGAAAGUCAUUCAAAACACGUAUAAGAAACAAAGAAAGACAAUUGACUGUUUACGAGCCAAAUCAAGAAGACAAGCAAACAAAAUUUGGUCUCUUCAAGCAUUGACAAACCAUUUGAAGCGAAUAAAUAUGAUAACGGAGAAUGCUCAACACAUGCUUGAUGGCUCCAUUGCAGAAGACAUUUUCAACAAAAUUCAAAGAGGCCGAAAAAAAGAAAAAUAUAGUGCAGAACUGCGUCGUUUUGCGCUAACUUUACACUUUUAUUCAAAAAAGGCGUACAACUAUGUACGAACAAAAUUGAAUAAAAUAUUACCCCACACCAGUACCAUAACUAAGUGGUAUUCAACAGUUAAUGGGUCUCCCGGAUUUUUGACAGUGGCUUUACAACUGAAAAUAAAAGUCACAGAAGCCAGAAACCAAGAAAAAGAGAUCCUCUGCAAUCUAGUUUUUGACGAAAUGUGCAUAAUGAAGAAAGUAGAGUGGGAUGGGAAGCGAACGUACGGAUACGUGGACCUAAGCAUUGGUGAUGCAGGUGACAGUGGAGACACUGUCGAAGAGGCAAGAGAGGCGCUAGUGUUCAUGCUAGUUGCACUGAAUUGUUCUUGGAAGAUACCAGUUGGCUAUUUUCUCAUUAAUGGACUUACUGGCGCAGAAAAAGCCAAUCUUUUAGGGCCGGUUUUAUAAUCUCUAGUUGACCGGCGGUUGAAUUUGAACCGGCGGUCAAACUGAAAUUUCUGUAUUAUAAACCAGAACCGACGGUUCAACCGCCGGUUCAACGCAUCUGCGUUCAACCUUAGGUCGAUCUAGCGGUUGAAAUGUCAACCGGAGGUUAACAUCAUAUCCUAACCUAAAUUUAUUGUUUACAUUUGUCGUAAUAGUGUACUUCGUCUGCUUAUAUUUUACCAACUUGGAUUAUUAUAAGCAUUUUCAACUAUCAAUAAAACGACGAUUUAAAAUAAAAUGUCGUCUUCUUCAUCUUCGAAUGAAAAUAUACACGGCAGAUUACUUUGGCAAACUAGCAGUGAGGAUUCUUCAGAUUCUGAAAAUGAGAAUCGAGUGAAAAGUCCAAGAGCCCCUCGAAAUUUUAGAAGACGAGUAGAUCACUUUACACGUUGGAAUGACGAAGAAUUUCGAGUAAGAUUUCGCCUUAGUAAGGAAACAGUAACAAUGCUAGAACAGAGAUUUCAUAAUGUUUUAACACCGAAAACUGAAAGGAACUAUGCAGUAACAGCAAUGCAGCAAAUUAUGCUUGUGCUUCGCUUUUGUGCUACAGGAUGUAUGUUGCAAACUGUUGGAGAUUUCACUGGAAUCCAUAAGACUACUGCAUGUAGAAUUGUAAAACGUGUUAUUGGUAUAUUUGCAUCUUUAGCAGCAGAAUACAUCCAUAUGCCAAACACACAAGAAGAAAUUGAUGAAGUAAAAAGGAAAUUUUAUACUAUUGCAAAGUUUCCUCGCGUAAUAGGAGCCAUCGAUUGCACUCAUGUGAAAAUAAUUUCCCCAGGUGGAGCUAAUGCUGAGUAUUUUAGAAAUAGAAAAGGAUAUUUUUCUAUAAAUGUACAAGUAGUAGCUGAUCCAAAUUUAUUGAUAAGAAAUAUUGUUGCCCGAUGGCCUGGUUCAACGCAUGAUCAAACAAUACUGAACAAUAGCUCAAUAAAGGCACAGUUUGAAAAUAAUAGAUUUGGGAACUCUGUAAUGCUGGGAGAUUCAGGAUAUGCAUUAAAAAAAUACUUAAUAACACCUAUUGUUAAUCCAACAACUGAAGUGGAACAAGUAUUUAAUGAAUCCCAAAUUAGGAGUCGAAAUCCAGUUGAAAGAUUAUUUGGUGUUUUAAAAAGAAGAUUUCCUGUUCUCUCCCUUGGUAUAAGAUUAUCUCUGGAGACAGCACAGACUCUUAUUGUAGCAUGUGCAGUUCUUCAUAAUAUAGCAGUUAAUAUGAACGAGCCAGAACCUCUCCAAGAUGAUGAUCAGAAUAGAGAAUGGGAGGAAGAAGAAAAUGUGAAUGGAAUGUUCAUAGGUUGGAACAUAACUUUAGAGAAGAAUUUCUUAUAUACUUUAUGAAUCUAUUAGAAGAAAAUCAAUACACUAUUUUGUAUGAUAAUUUAUUGAAAUAUAUUUAUAAAUGUAUUUGCAAC